AUGGGGGAAGAAGAAGAAACCACUAAUUCGAUCUACAUUCUUGUCGAUUUACUGAAAGAGAUACUUGUGAGACUUUCCCUAAAAUCUCUGGUCAAACUCAAAACUGUGUCUAAGGAAUGGAGAUCGAUCCUCCAAUCAAAGAGUUUCGAGGAGAUGCAUCUGAGUUUUCAAAAAUCUGGGAAGACCGGCCGGAAAAUCCUGGCCGCUUGCCACUGCGACUGCGGCGGCCCGCCGAGUCUCCUCCCCGGGUCACGAUUCAAAGGGGACGAAGAGAUUGUCAAUCUGCACUGCGACGCGACACGACCGUCGUUGAGUUGCGACGGUUUGGUCUGCUUACCGGAACCAGGUUGGGUCAACGUUCUGAACCCCACGUCCGGACAACUCCGGAGAUUCCCGUCCGGACCAGAUCCCGUGUCAACUCUCUUGACACCCCUUCACAAGAACAUAUUUUUCACAGGACACUGGUCGACAUAUUUUCCUGGGUACUGGGCGAUGGGAUUCGGUAGAGACAAAGUUGGAGGGAGCUAUAAAGUAGUGAGGAUGUUCUUUGAUCCCAGCCAUUGCGACAUUCUUGAUGUGAACAUUGGGGAAUGGCGGAAACUGAGUCCACCUCCGUACCCGGUUGACGUCGGAAGGAAAUCGGUUUGUGUGAGUGGAUCAAUCUAUUGGUUUGAAAUUGCGUCUGCUUGCAAGAUACUAGCCUUGGACCUUCACACACAAGAGUUCCGUGACGUCGCAAUGCCACCUCGUUUUAGAUGUAAGAUGGACACUCAGAUAGUGAACCUUGAGGACAGUCUAGCUUUAGUCACAGCGGGAGUGAAUGAUAAUCUUGAAUGGGAACUAAAGAUUUUGAGCAUGGAUGCAGAAGAAGAAACCUGGAGCCUGACGUAUCUGAUAAGCUUAGCUGAUCUAUCUAUUCAUCUUUUGGCGGCUAGAUGGUUCAUGCCGGUGACAGUUUCUAAGCAGGGGAAUCUUUUGUUCUAUGACAAUAACCGGAGUCUGUAUAAAUAUUAUCCACAUACAAAUAUAGUCCGCCAGAUCUCCCCACAUACCUGCGUUAUAUUGUCUCCUUAUCUGGAAAGUUUGGCCCAGCUCCAUACUGAUCAAGUCGCUUUAAGGACUGGACGAACACUAUGCAUCUCGAAGGCUGCGAUUGCUUCAGCUCAUGUUAUAUCAUCACUUCGAUCAACAGUUUACAAGUUUCUUCGUAGAGGGAAAGCUGAGCUGGCCCAGACUUCUUUUGAAGUUUGGGACGACAUUAAGCUUAUGGUCAUGGCUAUACUCUUCAAACUUGUGAUUUCAGUGUUAUCCUCGCUCUUGAUUGUUGGAGUUUUGACACUCGUGGCCUUGGGAGCCGUGCCUCGCCGCCUACUCCCUGUGGAUGGGGUGGCUCGUCCUCUUCAAGAUGGAGUUUUGUGUUUUUCUUCUUAUGAUUACGCGUCGUUACGAAUCAAAACGCUCUAA